AUUGGCCUUUCAUUCCAGUGACACGGCUGCCAUUCUCGAGCUCGCUUUAAGCACAUCAGUUCUGCAUAUCCUUCGGAACGGACAGGGUUAAUUUCUUUCUUUUCCGUCCGUAGACGUCUUUUUGCUUUGGAUUUAGACUGCGCUUUAUUGGUAGACCGACGAUUGCGCUCGAAUUCAAUCAGUAGACAUUGUGCACGCGGAGGUGGGGCCACGGAAAACACAGCGCGCGCAUAACAUUAUUUCGCUCUCCUGUAUAAGUGCAUCUUUGCAACAUGAGUGAUUCAGAGAAAAAAACUGUCUCCCUUAAAGACAAGGAUGGAGUGGAGAAAAGGGGGCGAGGGAGACCAAGAAAACAUCCAAAGGAAUCAAGUGGAUCGCCAACUCCAAAAAAAGCAAGAGGGCGACCAAAAGGUAGCAAAAAUAAGGGACCUUCCAAGAGAAAAGCAUCAGCUGGAGGAAAACCGAAGGGAAGACCUAAGAAAGAGGAAAAGGAAAAACAGGCACCUCAGGACUCGUCUGAGGAUGCUGAGGAAGAUGACGAUGAAGAACAGUAACUAUCUUACAGGAGCACUACCUCACACUUAAACAAACUAACUGCCCGUCUGCUCUCCCAGCUGUGAAUCGCAGGGAAUGUCAUUUCACAAAAAGACAGUUAUAAUUGUAAAGGAAAUAUCCUGCAUAAUACAUAAUUAGGUUUGUGUAAGUAGGUCAAAUAUAGAAACCAGAAUCACCCUGCAUAAACAUUUGUUGAGUGUUUUUUAGUUUUUAUUUUACUACAUAUACAUCUAUUGAACUAAGGUGCUUUACUACUUAUGCUUUGUAUGUAGACUAGCUAUAAUUUAAAUGUGAAACAUCAUUGGCUUAAUAGUUCUCAUAGAAUGAAUUCUUUUUGAAUGUAGCUGUUUACAGUUUACUAGUUCAUUAAGCUUUUUAUUGGAUGUUCCAUAUUAUUAUACAACCAUCAGUGAAUAUUUCUUGAGGCAGGCUCUUGUAUUUUGUUAUCAAAUAUAAGACACCCAGGUCUGGUGUUGAGGAAAUAAAUAUAUUUAACUUAAAGUACCAUUGUAAUUGCCACUAGAAGCCCCAGGAAUCAGCACAACAAAGGUUUGUAUUUGGAAACAUAUGUCUGUCACUGACACUACAGAAGUUAAUGGAAAUGUUGGUAGAUUUUGAAGAAUUGUCCAAUUUUGAAGGCAUUUUUGACACUGGCUAAGUGUUGCUAUUACACAUUGAACGGUAACGCUUUAUAAUAAGAUUACAUUUUGUAACAUUAGUAAAUGCAUUAGAUAGCCUAUUAUAAACUAACAAUGAACAAUAUAUAUAUUUUCCUAUAUUUCAUAAUGUUUGUUAAUGUUAGUUAAUACAAAUACAAUUGUUAAUUCAUGUUAGUUCUUUGUGCAUUAAUGUUAACAUGCACAACUUUUGAUUUUAAAAAUGUGUUAGUAAAUGUUGAAAGAUUAAUAAAUGCUUUAAAAGUAUUGUUCAGUGUUAAUUCAUGUGAACUAAUUUUGUUAACUAAUAAUAACAAAUGUAACCUUAUUUGAAAGUGUUACCCAUUGAAUGUGUAUUUUCUGGUGUUUUGUGCAAAAUGAGACAUUCAUAAACACUUCAAUUUUUUUAAAUGGUUACUUUUCCAAAGACAUCAGAAAGGUUUGGUGGAUAAAAAUAGGAUGGAAAAAGCAAAAAUUACUCAUCCACCUAAAUAAUUUUCUAAUUUGCUUACAGUAUAAUUCCACAAGGGACUCUUUGCAACAGGUAUCAACUCAGUGUUAUCGACACACCAAGUGCUUUUGGAAUGCACAUUUUUUGCUUUAUUGUAUUCUAUUUGCCUGGCUGUAUUUAUUUAAUUAACAACAGUUAUAAACUAAAGGAUGCUCUCAAAGGUUCUCAAGACUGUCCCUUGUAUCUUGAGUUAUAAGACUAUUACAUAAUAUGUUGAGCAGAAAUGUAACCUAAAGCUUAGCCCAAUUGUCCAAAUACAUUUUAGGUUUGUAUUUUGCGCAUUCAAGUCCUCAUAAGUUCAGAAUUUUAUCUGCCUCAGGUGUCGUGAUCAGACAGCAAAUGCCCAAGACAAUGUUAUUCUCCUCAGUAGUUAAAACUGCCUUUAUCCUGAUUGUUCGUGUAGCAGUAUAAUAGCCUACAUGUAUGUGGCAUUUUGUUAAUACACCAUUAGAGUUCUAAAAUGUGUAUUAGAUUUAUUGACUAUAUAUUUGCAUGUGUAAUGUGUGUUGAUCUUAAUAAAAAAUACUUUUUGUAAAUGUC